AUGACGUGCGCUGACAUGCUGCAGUACCACCCCGGGCCUGUGGGGGUGGACCCUGACAUGCUGCAGUACCACCCCGGGCCUGUGGGGGUGGACCCUGACAUGCUGCAGUACCACCCCGGGCCUGUGGGGGUGGACCCUGACAUGCUGCAGUACCACCCCGGGCCUGUGGGGGUGGACCCUGACAUGCUGCAGUACCACCCCAGGCCUGUGGGGGUGGACCCUGACAUGCUGCAGUACCACCCCAGGCCUGUGGGGGUGGACCCUGACAUGCUGCAGUACCACCCCGGGCCUGUGGGGGUGGACCCUGACAUGCUGCAGUACCACCCCGGGCCUGUGGGGGUGGACCCUGACAUGCUGCAGUACCACCCCAGGCCUGUGGGGGUGGACCCAGACAUGCUGCAAUACCACCCCGGGCCUGUGGGGGUGGACCCUGACAUGCUGCAGUACCACCCCGGGCCUGUGGGGGUGGACCCUGACAUGCUGCAGUACCACCCCGGGCCUGUGGGGGUGGACCCUGACAUGCUGCAGUACCACCCCGGGCCUGUGGGGGUGGACCCUGACAUGCUGCAGUACCACCCCGGGCCUGUGGGGGUGGACCCUGACAUGCUGCAGUACCACCCCGGGCCUGUGGGGGUGGACCCUGACAUGCUGCAGUACCACCCCAGGCCUGUGGGGGUGGACCCUGACAUGCUGCAGUACCACCCCGGGCCUGUGGGGGUGGACCCUGACAUGCUGCAGUACCACCCCGGGCCUGUGGGGGUGGACCCUGACAUGCUGCAGUACCACCCCGGGCCUGUGGGGGUGGACCCUGACAUGCUGCAGUACCACCCCGGGCCUGUGGGGGUGGACCCUGACAUGCUGCAAUACCACCCCGGGCCUGUGGGGGUGGACCCGGAAUAA